AUGGCCGACAGCAGCUCACCCGAUUACAAAAGACUCUAUCUACAAGAGAAAGAGAGAAAUACACAAGAGAGGGAGAGACGAGAACAAGCCGAGGAUGAAGCUAGGAAGGAGAAAGAGCGUAGCCGAUCGCUCGCCUUCAUGGAACUAAUAUGUCAUGGCCAUAACCUGCUCUCAAGACCGCUUCGAGUCAGAACACCUUCUCGCUCGACUACAGGGACAAUACCUCCUCCUACCGGAAAGUACUGCCCGGUGCGACUAAAACCAUGGACAAACUGCCCGCUUCAACAGCAAGAAAUCUACGAUGCUGUAUGCAAAUACCUCCAACCAACCGAGGGAGUCUCGUCACAGUUACCUACCUCCUUAAUCACUCUUGAAGCUGAUGCCCGACGAUUUUGCCUCGACCCAAUGCACAGUGAACAGAGCGUCGAGAGCUACGAGCGAAUUGCAGUUGAAGGUCACGUCCGUGAUAUAGUCGCAGAGCUAUGCAAAAUCGAUGCUGCCCGUAGCGAGUUUCGCCUUGGUGAUGGAAUCCAGUUCGACAAUCACAAGAACUCACUCGAUCGUGAUGAAUGUGUAGAGGCGAAUUUACAUCAAUCGUCACGCGUACAUAAUCCGAAACCUGAUCAGUUCUGUAUUCAUCGGGUCGAUGGGAAUACCUCUACCCUCCUCACUACAGUUGAAUAUAAGCCACCUCACAAGCUUCCCACUGAAGCCCUUCGUAUAGGACUUCGACCAAUGGACUUGUGGAGGGAAUUGGUUAGUUCGAACAAAAUACCACAGGAAGAAGCAAGCAAAUUGAAGUACAAUAUUGAAAAAACUGUUUGCUCCGCUCUUGUCCAGGAGUACCAUGCGAUGAUCCAGGAAGGUCUUCAGUAUUCUUGGUUAACGAACGGGAUUGCCCGCGUCCUUCUUCACAUUCCCUACGACGAACCUGGUACAUUACAAUACUUUUUCUGUGACCCUAAUGGGGAAUUGGAGGGCGAAAUUCGACAAAAUCUUCAAGAGCCGAAAACCUCGAUCGCACGCGUCCUUUGUCUUUGCCUAAUGGCAUUUCGUGCGCCUCAACGUGACCAUGAAUGGAGGAAUAAUGCACGCUCAAAUCUCCCCCUUUGGACAACCAGCUCUCACAUUCCUAAAAUAGACCUGCAGCAACUCCCUUUACAUUCUGAUGGUACUGAUUAUGCCAGUCCGGAAUCAACUGUGGACUCAAGUCUCGAUUAUCAAGCGCCUUCUUCUCCGCUAGAAUCUCCAACAAAUGAUCGCCGAGUUACGAGAUCUCAAGCUGGCUGUGCGCUCCCAACUAUGCGGCACCGGUCGCAAUCUCCGGACUCUUCCGGCUCUGAGUCGAAUCAAGCCCCCAGGCGUAAACGGGGCUUCAGUCAAGUUGGGUCUUCUCCAUCUCCCCAAACGGCACGUGAACAUCACACCAGACAUAGCCAAGGAAGCCAGUCCCAAUACCACAAUGCGCAAUAUUGUACACAGAGAUGUUUACUUGGGCUACAGAAUGGUAAUAUUCUAGAUGAGUCUUGUCCAAACGUGUCACUUCAUCGCCAGGGUACAGGAGACCUGAAACACCCUAUCAACGCAGACGGAUUGAUGCAUUUAUUAAAAGCGCAACUGGAUGAGAACAUUGAUCGUUGUAUAUCACUUGGAAGUUGCGGGCAGUCUGGAGCACCAUUUAAACUUACCUGCGCCAUAUAUGGCUACACCGUCAUUGGAAAGGGAACUACAUCAUGCCUAUGGAGGGAAGUCUCCCACGAAGUCCAGGCUUACCGAAUUUUGCAGAAGGCUCAAGCAUCUGCUGUACCUGUCUUCCUCGGUACAAUCGAUCUAGCGAAAGUUUACUUUCUUCAUGGGGCUGGAGACAUUCGCCACAUGCUUGUUAUGGCCUGGGGGGGCGAAAGUUUAGCAACGAUGGGACUGAAGCCAUGGCUUUUUAAAGAGAUUCAUAAAUCGGAGAAUGAAAUCAAAGCUUUGGGGAUCAUCCAUGAGGACCUCUGGUGUGACAUUGAUGAGGGCCUUUGGUCUGGCAAUGUUCUCUGGAACGAAGAACUUAGGCGGGCGCUGAUCAUUGACUUCCAUCGCUGUACAUUAAAACGUCGGCAAACUCAAAAAAGACUACUGCCGGUGAAGAGGCGGCUUUCUCAGACAGGGGUGGGAUAUCCCAAGCGUUUACGGGCUUUGUGA